GUCAAGGCAGGGCUGAAGGACGACAGAAGCGUGUCUGUCUCAUCAUCAUCAUCAUCACAGAAGCAGGUAUGCUGGUGAUCAGGGUUCUGCUGUGUGUGUCGCUGGUCUGUUCUGAGAUCAGUCUGUCUGAUGAUCAGUGGAUGGCCUGGAAAUCUCAACACAACAAGGCCUACAGAAACUCAAGAGAGGAGCAUCACAGGAGAGGCAUUUGGGAGCAGAAUCUUCUGGAUAUCAUGAAACAUAACGAGGAGACGGCCGUCGGUCUGCACUCGUACACACUGGGACUGAACCAGCUCAGCGACAUGACUGCAGAUGAGGUCAAUCAGUGGAAUGGUUUACUGGAGGAAGAUGUUCUCGGGGUCAACAUGACGUUCCUGCCUCCAUCACAGCAGUCUCUUCCUCCGCGGGUCGACUGGACGGAGCAUGGGAUGGUCAGCCCUGUCCAGAACCAGGGCCCGUGUGGCUCGUGCUGGGCGUUCAGUGCUGUCGGUGCUCUGGAGGGUCAGAUGAAGAGGAGAACCGGUUCUCUGGUCCCCUUGAGUCCACAGAACCUGCUGGACUGCAGUGUGAGUCUGGGGAACCGCGGCUGCAGAGGCGGAUAUAUGAGCCGAGCCUUUCUCUACAUCAUCCAGAACAACGGCAUCGACUCCAACAACUUCUACCCGUAUGAACACAAGCAGGGUGCGUGUCGAUACUCUGUGACAGGAAGAGCUGGAUAUUGCUCAGGUUUCCGGAUUCUUCCACGUCACAAUGAGGCGGCGCUGCAGUAUGCCGUUGCUAACAUUGGACCUGUGUCCGUCGGUGUCAACGCCAAACUUGCUUCCUUCCACAAAUACAGAAGUGGAAUCUACAGCGAUCCAAAGUGCAGCUCUGUACUGAUCAAUCAUGCGGUUCUAGUUGUGGGAUACGGCUCAGAAAAUGGACAAGAUUACUGGCUGGUGAAAAACAGCUGGGGAGCGGCGUGGGGUGAAAACGGCUUCAUCCGCAUGGCACGAAAUAAAAACAUGUGUGGAAUAUCCAGCUUUUCCAUUUACCCCACCAUCUCAUCGACCGCACCUGAGCUUCCUGUCUGAGACACUG